GCCAGAUCGGCAACAGAAACGGCGCGCAAUCUGACAGCUGGUAUUUUCUGUUUAUGACUAGAAGUCACUCUGCCGGUUUGCAGUUUCCAAAUUCAACAAGGAGCCAUAAUUUUGGCGAUUUCUACAGAAAAAAACGCUAAUAUGGCGGAGAAUGCACCAGGCUGCAAGGACUCGCAGGACUUUCAAUUCAAGUUGCACGACAAGUUUGUGGCGUUCAAAAAAUGCGGCGAGCCAAGAAGCAAUGUGAAACUGCUAGCUAUUUCCAGCAGCCGCGGCCUGUUGUUCGCCGGCAACCCAACGCUGCCCCAACUGAAGGUAAUUAUUCUUAAGGACCUGGUCAAUGCCAAGUCAACGGAUCGCGAGCCGCAGGCGCGUCUUGUACCCCUGCCCAGUGUGCCAAAUUAUAUAGCCUGCAGCUCGGACGGCAACCUGCUCGCUAUUAACCAUACUCAGAAUGGCACAAGUCUUCUCAGCAUCUAUUCAGUUCCCUCAUUCAUGGGCCCCGACAUUCGGCCAGUGUACAGCAUAAGAUUGGCUCCGGAAGACUACGUUCAUGCGGUGCAAUUGCUAUGGAAUCCGGUGCUACCUAACAGCCUCGCUGUGGUUCUAAACAACGGAGCUCUCGGAAUGUAUGCCCUCAAGGAGGGUGGCAACUUCGAGCUCCAUUCCCUGGACAAGAGUCAACAGGUCAAGUGCGGCUGUUGGUCGCCCAGGGGUAAGCAGAUCGUUCUUGGCUUUCCCAGUGGCAAGCUGCAGCAGUUCAAGCCCGACUUGACGCCCGCCAAAACCAUAGUCUGUCCUCCGAACGUGCACGAUGCACCUUUCGACACCAUAGCCGUCCAAUGGCUAUCCACGUACCAGUUCGCUGUUGUCUUUCUGCAGCACGGCGAAGACUGCAAUCCGUCGCUAUACAUUCUGAAUGCGCCCAAGGCAGGACCACCUAGCUACACCAACUAUUAUGACAUAUGCUAUAGCCUUAAUGGGCCGAGAAAUCAUCAGUUUCUCUUCAACCACGUUUCCCAGUGGAACGUGCUGCUGGUAACCUCGGCCAAUGGCGUCGAAAUCGGUAUUAUGGGCACCUCCGAGACGGGCGAAACGCCCACUUGGCAGCAGUUCACCUUGCUGGACGAAGCCCGCAUCGAGUUACCGCUGAGCGAGGAAACACAAGAGGAGACUUUUCCCCUGGGCUUCGUUUACGACACCUCCUCAACGCACCAGCUUACGAUCAACGAGAAGAAACUUCAGGCCAUGCCCAUGGUGCAUGUCCUGGGCUCAGAUGGCGCCCUUCUGUCUUUUAACUUCUUGAACUUGCUUCCGGGAGCUGCGUCUGUUUGCUCACCGCCUCCACCAGUGGCUGAUACCUCGGGUCAGUUUCGGCCCCUCAGCGCACUGGUGGCCAGUGAAAAGAACGAAGAGAAGCCAGCCGUGGCUGUCAGUCCCCCGUCCAAGGACAUCCCUGCCAUGCCGUCCUCCGACAUAUCUUUUGCCUUUACACCGAAUACGGUUACUUCGACUCCAGCUCCGGCGAAGGAAAAGCAAGCUUCGCUGUUCUCCGGGUUUGGGACAACCGCAGCUAAUGCUCCAGCUCCCUCGCAGCUAGUUUUCGGAGCUGCUCCAGCUGCUCCGUUGAGCUUCGCGGCUCCAACCUCGACAGCAGCCAAGCCAGCCGUUGGAUUUGGAGGAUUGGGUGGCUUGACCACAAGCUCCCCAAUGACCUCCAUGUUUUCUUCAACCGGAGGCAAUACCUUUGGUGGUUUGGCGAUGAACAAACCUGCUGCAGGGCCAGCUACUCCAUCAGCGCUGGAAAAGAAUGCGCCAUCCGCACCGGUUGCUGCCGUAAGCAAACCCCUAUAUACAGUUCCUCCGACAUUCACUCCGCCCGCCGCGAAACCCGUUGCGGUAGCCCCUCCACAGUCAGCUGUAAAGAGCGAGGAAACCUUCAAGCUGGAUGAUACCGAGCCCAUUAUCAAGGACAUGAUUGCCCUGCAAAUCGAGGCCUUUAACCAGGAUAUUCAGAAGCAGAAAGAUCAGACCAAAAAUCUUCUCAGCAAUAUUUCUGCUCCUUCGACGUUGAAGUCGUACGCCAAGCGACUAGAUGAUCUGCAGGAACUGAACGAACAGGCCAAGGACGUGGAGUUCGAGCUGGAUGUGCAGGGCCUUCGGCAGGGCCUCAACGAGGCUUAUGCCAUUGUGGCCGAAUGCCGGGGAAAGUUAGAGGUCUACAGGAAGCCAGACAUUACACGAUUGAUGAACUCCAGCUCCUGCGACCCGGCUGGACGCCGAAUGCUCGCUCGGCUCCAGAGCUAUGUGGCAGCGAACGAAGCCCAGUUGCGUCUCGCCGAGCAACAUAUCGAUACACAGUGGGAGCAGUUGCAAGACGUAUUGCGGCGCAACUCAAAGUCACGCAUGCACAUGCCCUGCUUGGAGGGCAUUUACCAGCGUCUUACCCGGCUACAGAACUUGACCUCCGACCAGCGCAUCCUCCAAAACAACAUCAAGGCUAAACUCAAGGAGCGAGGUCUUCUGCAAGCGGCGUUGCUCGACCAGGAGAACAGUCGCACCCGUACAAUUGAGGCUGUGGAAACUCUGGCAGACUCCAUACUGUCGAUGAGUCUCCGUCAGGUGGUGGACUCUAAUGCUGCCAAGCUCACCCAAGAUCGGUUAGAGAAGAUUCGUAAAGUUGUGCAGCAUCAGAAGAUUAAAAUUAUAUGCCCUCAGCGACCGGAUCGCGUGGGCAUCAAAUCGGAGGUAAUAUUAGAGACCAAAACUAAACAGGAACAGCUCAAGAAGGCGGCCGCCAAACCUACCACCGCCAACAAAGCCAUACAAGCCGCAUCGUCGGCCCCCGCUUUUGGCGCACCUCCAGCAUCUGUGCCCACUCCGGCUCCAGUUGCAGCUCCGGCUUCUGCUUUACCUACAGUUACAACUCAAUUGCCAAAACCCAUGCCGUCCAAGCCAGCUGCUGCCGAAAAGUCGGGCUUAGUUACAGGUGCCCCGGUGAGCAGUACAUUUUCAUUUAGUUCAAGCAGCCCCUUCGCCAAGACUUCUGCCAUCACGAACACCACAACUUCGCUGAGCUCUGGAGAAGCUGCAAAGCCCGGUUUCUCCAUGUUCGGAGGACUAAGCAGCGGGGCUUCGACCUUCAAUUUUGGCGGGAACGCCACCAAGCCAGCGCUUUCAUUCGGAGCUCCACCAUCGGAAGAGCCGGCAAAGGCAAACCUCUUCCAAGGACUGGGAAAGGAACAGCAGGUCGCACCAAAGCCUACCCCAGAACCGGCCAAGCCCAAGGAGCAGGCGGGAGUAGUGGAACCUAAAUCCACCACCGAUCCACCAAAGGCAGCACCCCCUUCCACCCCGAAGUCGGACACGGCUGGGCAAACGUUUGGUUUCCCAGGGUUUAAGGCAAGCGGUGGUACUGCGGGAAGUUCUUCCGGAUCUGCUUUCAGUUUCGGAGGAUUGGGCUCAUCCUUGGGCUUUGGAGGAGCUUCUUCUCCGGCAUCCACAUCCGCUUCAGCUGCCCCGUUUAGUAUUUUUUCGGCAGCAACAUCAAAACCAAGUGUUAGCGAAUCACCUUUGACUACCACCAGCAGCAGUAGCAGCAGCAGCAGCAGCGUCAUGUCUGUUGUUAGCAAGCCCGCAGCUCCAGCUGCCGAAGAUUCGCCAAAAGCCCCUCCAGUCUCCAGUACCUCCGAUCCCGUUGGAGGACUAUUCGCUUCUGUUAACAUUUGUAAGCCAAACACCAAGGAAGCUUCUGGAGACUCCGCAAAACAAUCGAACAUAUUUGGCACCCAAAGCAGCAAUUCGGGCUCCAAUAACUUCCUAUUCGGCGGGGGCGCUGGAGAAUCGACAACCAAGGGACUGUUUGGUAGCAUCCCUUCAUCAGCAGGCUCGGGAGCUACAUCGACCACCACAACGACAGCAACAUCAGCUCCAAUGCCUUCAACAGCAACCGCUCCGGCAGUAAAAUGUGAAACUGAAGCAACCACCAAAGUGGAUUCAGUUAGUACAACUGUAGUGCCUGUCUCUGUUGCAAAUCCAUUCGGUAUUGAAAAUCCUGGCACUGCAGCUCCAAAGAGUCAGCCAGCCAUUACAGCAAGUGCUUCAGCCGCACCAGUAGCUGCCUCACCAGCUCCAGCAUCUGUUUCCACUACAGCUCCGACUACUGGCACUUCCGUACCGGGCAGUGCCUUUUCUUUUUCGAAUGCCUUCAGCAGUCUAGGCAGUGCAGCAACUCCUGCUGCAGCGGCCAACCCCUCCACUGCGUCCACAACAAGUAAUACUUCGUCUUCCGUUUUUGGUGGAUUUGGAGCAGCCUCAGGAGCAAUAACAACCACAGCGGCGGCAUCAGUGGCCAGCAGUCCAUUCCAGUCCACAGCAGCCAAUACUGCAUCGACUGGAAAUAUUUUCGGAAAUAUUCCCAAGCCGGAAACGAGCAUUUUUGGAUCUUCAGCUGGUGCAACCGCUGCUGCGCCAGCUGCUGCCGCAGCUACUCCACCAACGGGUCUUUUCGCCUCAGCAGCCAUCAGCGGCACCUUGCCAUUUAGCAGUCCGCCAUCGGGAGCGACUGCCUCUGGCGGAAACAUCUUUGGGCAGGCCAUGAAAACGAGUGCCUUCGCUCAACCGGCGCCUGCAGCCAGCGGUGUGGGAGGAUCUAUUUUUGGCGGGGCGGCCAGUUCUCCCUUUGGAUCGAGCUCCAUUUUCGGAGGAAGCAAUCCACAAAGUCCUUCUUCGGGUACGGCUGGUGGUACUUCAAUUUUCGGACAAAACGUCUUUGGACAAUCUGCACAGGCUGCAUCCCCGGCGGCAGGUGGAAAUAUAUUCGCUAGCCCGGUCAGUUCACCGCAGCAACAACCACAGCCCUCUGCCUUUGGCGGAGGAGGAGCAAGUGGUGGCGGUUCCAUCUUUGGUUCAGCAGCUGCCUCUCCAGCAACUCCUGCUUCGGGCGGAUCAAUAUUUGGCGGUGGCAAUACGACUGGCGGAUUCGGGACCUUUUCGCAGUCAUCCCCAGCAUCCGGAGGAUUUGGAAGCGUAUUUGGUGGCAGCGGCUCGGUAGCCCAAACCGGCUUUGGAUCUCCUCAAACUCCGCAACAGCAGCCCACUGCUGGCGGAUUUGGAGGGAAGCCGGUGUUUGGAGGAUCGCCGGCCUUCGGAGCCAGUCCCACCUUCGGGGGAGCACCCACAUUUGGGAGUCCAAAAGGAUUCGGUGGAUUUGGCGGUGCCACUACCACAACAUCGCCCCCAGCGUUCGGGGGCGCUGCGAAGCCGACCGAAGGCAACAUCUUUGAAACACUUGGAGGGCAGGACUCUGGACUGUCAUUUGGGAACCUAGCCCAAACUGGAAACUCCAAUGCCCAGAAGCCAGCUUUCGGAGGAUCGAGUUUUAUGAACUAUCGUUAGAACUUAAUAUAAUUUUUAUGUAAAAUCCCAUGGUUUGUUUGUCCUCUACUGAUUUGAGAUAGACUUUUCUACCAAUAAAUUUGGAAUAAUUUUA